AUGGAUGCACUCGCGUCCCGGGCGGCUCCGUUGAUCCAGAGCCUGCAGCAGAAGCAUGGCUCAACCGCCGAUGCACCCGGCCCGCCUGACUUCAUUUCGGCUGUCUCUUCCGCUCGGUCGAUCAUAUUCUGUUUACCACUGGACUUCUGCUGCCGACGUAGAACCUAUUCAAGUCCGCAGCACUACCCUCUACGUCUCACAAUCUUGCGGCUCGUCAUUGCUAUUGAAGCUCCAUCUUCGCACAAUCAUGUCUCUUUCCUCAUGGCACCGUCGAUGGUGUCGCUGCAGGACCCUCUCAAGGAUAGUCUCGUGGUAGCCGAAGGAGCGAGCGAAGCAAGAGCGGGGCGCUUGCCCCCGCGUCCGAGCUUCUUUAAAAUAGCCAAAGCCAAGUGGGUGCCGCUGCAUAUCCGCCUGAGCAAUGAUCGCUGGGUCGAUAUGAAACUGGUAUCCGAGCUCGACAUUUCCAUAACACGCGCCCCUGAAGCUGAGGCGACCAAAGAUCCUGAAAGAUGCCUUUCAGCAAUCCACCAAAUCAGCUACCUGACCACAGUAGAGCCUCAAUUGCUCCGAAUUCGGGACGCACUCGCCUCCGAAGAAUCUGCCGGACAAGGCUCAAAGGCAGAAACAAGCGAUCAUCGAAUUCUGUCUCGCCAAAGCAACAGCAGCGACGACACUGUGGAUAUAUGUCCUAUUGACGACUCAGUGGACCUUUCUCAUCGGAUGAGCGUGGAUACUGUGUUUUCACAAGCUUCGUCCUUCAGCGAUGUCACGAUCGCGCCGGCGCUCAAGUCACCCUUCGCGGCAGCAUUCGAUGAAGUCGCGUUGUUAUGUCGCACAAUCAGCACGACUCCUUCCUUGGAGUCAGAAUCGACGGACACAAGUCUAGGCUCGCCUCUAAGCUCUCCUCCCAUUCCUCCGAAGCGGCCUCCUCGCUUGCGCCGACCGCCAAGGGCUACUCUGGCGACACAGCAAGACGCUCCCAUGAAUCUGGAUCGCUAUGGAACUUUCUUCACAAGGUUCGAGCCUCCAGCCUCACCUAUCGAGUCUACGCCUGGCUGCAGUAGAGGGGACAGCAUCUGUCUCGAUCCAGACCUGGCGAGUGAGAUCGCCAAGAAGGUCAUGCAAGCAGAACAGCAAAACCUAGAGCAAGCCAGCACGGUUCCAGUUGGAACAAGACGUCUAGAUUCGCCAGCGGCUUCAGCGUCUCUCCUUUUCUCCGACGUGACGGAGAGCAAGGCGGAUGGGAGAUAUUGGAUUAACGCUGCAUCCGAGCACACGCAUACCUCGACCAGCUCUUUGGGUACCCUACGGCAUUCUGCGUCCCGAGUCUCGCUGGCUUCGGCAUUUAGCAAUAGUAGCGAUGAAGGCUGCAACACAAACGGGACGUACGAAGCAGCUAUGCACAGAACUAGGCAUGCACCCCGAGCUCAAAAAGGCAAGACUCUCAUCAGCCGAGCGUUCAAGAAGUUCGGUACCAACAGGGUCGUCUCCGACCUAGGCCCGUCGAGAUCACAAGACGAUCUUGUGGAUUGGAGCAGGAGCACGAGAGACAUGUGCUCGAGCCCGGCGCUAUCCAUCCUCUCUGCCACCAGCUCACCGGACAUCCGAUCUAGGCGAAUUUCUUCGGAGUCGGACUUGUCAAGUGCUGGGCCGUGCUCUCGUGCUUCAACUCCGACACAAUACUCGUCUCCUGUGUUCGGACGGCAUCGGUUGGCGCAGCAAGUUGCCUUUGAAGAGACCGAAGAGCUGAUGGAUGAUGGUGUCACAGCAACGCCAAGGAUGGCACCAGACGGGCAUUUCGAUACCAUGGUGGACAGCCACGUGCACCUUCCUUCUUACCAUCGUGGCCUCCGCAAGCAAAUCUAUCCCCCACGAGUUCGAUACGAGCUGCGAGACACGCCCAGCCCGGUGGCGUCGCCACAGAUGCAACAGCAACAGCUGCCGUCUCCGCAUGCUUCGCCUUCGCAAUGGACGACAAAGCUCGCAGGUAUCCAUUCAUAUUCUUUCGAACCGGUCCGAGCAGGCAGCCCACGAUUGGACUUUGCUGGCCCCCGCCGCUUUGGUACAAGCUGA